GUAGGUACCGAGGCAGUGGGCUUUAAGUAGACACAAAGUGCUAACCUCGGCCCCAAUACGGGGGUGAAGUUGAGCCUCCAGUCCCUGGACCCUCGAAGGCCAGCGGUCGGCGACGACAGCGAGCGCUGCCAACCUCCGCCCGCAGAAGUCCCUGCCGUGGCAGCCAUGUCGGCCAUGGACAUCACGUGCGGGUUCCCCAUCUUCGGGGCGUCGGGCUACCAGCGGCAGCGCAACUGCAGCGAGGGCAGUUCCAGCGGAGCCUCCACCUAUUCCGGCGGCUACGACCGCAUGCCGGCGUGCGGUUGCCUGGAGGCGGGCUCGCCGCCGCUGGGGGCGGCGCAUUCCGCCCCCACGGGGGGCGGCGGCUACACGCGGCUCAGGGGCGGCGCCUCCCCCGCCUCCAGCUGUGGCGACCUUCACUACGAGAAGGCAGACUGCGGGCACAGCGAGAAGGAGGAGGAGCUGGUGUUCCACAGCGAGGACUACGGUGGUGGGGGCCGCCUGAGUGCGGUGGUGGGCCGUGACCUGUGUGCUGGAGACCUUUGCCUGCUGCUGGCCGCCAAGUCCCUGGCUGCCAAGGACCCCAGCUGGGCAAUCGUCGAGGUCUGGCCGCGGCUCGGCAUUGAGCGCUCGCUGGAGGACCACGAGGAGGUGCUGGCCGUGCACCACGACGUGCAGCCGUUCGGCCGCCGCGAGGCCAAGAAGUUCGUCUUCCGCAAGGACUUCUCCAAGUACGAGUUCUUCCACAGCCCGCAGCAGUUCUUCCCGGCCGACAUGGUGGACCUGGCGGCGUGCUGCGCCGGCACCUCCGCCCCCUCCACCCCCACGCUGGACUCGCGCCACGGCCACUGGCCGGGACACGCCGUCGGCUCGUCUACGUCCGCGCCGUCGACGCCGCUGGACCCGCAAGCUGCGCUCAUGGCCGUGGUGGGGGGCUCCGCGGUGCUGCCUCCCAUCUUCUCGCCGGUCUGGGUUCGAGACCCGGGCAAGCAGACGUGGACACGCGCCUUCCUGCUGCUGCAGGGCCAGGAGCUGUACAUCUCGCACAAGGUGCAGACCAUCGCCAAGUACCUUCGGAGCAAGGACAGCAACAAGGUGCUGCUGGACGGCGUGGGCGGCCUGCAGGCGGUGGCUUCGCUGCGCGACCACGCCGUGUACCGGGCGCUGAACGCGCGCAACCAGUUCCGCGCGCCCACCGAGUGGGGGCUCUGCCUGCGGCCCAGCUCCGGCUCCAGGGUGGGGGCGGGCGGGGGCGGCCCGGGGGCGCUCUUCUGCGUCGCCUGCGAGUCGGAGCGCGCCAGGCUGUGCUGGCUCACCGCCAUGCGGCUUGCCAAGUAUGGCAAGCAGCUACGGGAGAACUACCGUUCUUUCAAGAGCAAGUGCACCGAAUCCGGCUCCAGUCCCAAGGAGUACAACAGCUACUCCGUGCCCAAUGAGAGCGUGCGGUCUCGCGUGGCCAUGGACUUCACGGGCAGCGUGGGGCGCAUCGUGGACGACCCGCAGGAGGCGCGCGCCAUCGCAGCCGCGGAGGGCUACUCGUGGAAGCGGCGCUGGCGGCCGCCCAGGCCGUCCGCCCCCGGCGCCGCCCCCGCCGCCCCCGGCGCCACCCCCGCGCCCGCCACCGGGCUGGCGGCCGGCGUGCACGUGGCGCAGCCCUGGUUCCACGCCGGCAUGACGCGCGAGCAGGCCGCGCAGCUCGUCCACCGGCAUGGCUCCGUCGACGGGGUGUUCCUGGUACGAGAGAGCCGCAGCUCCCCUGGGUCGUUCGUGCUGACCUACAAGUGCGGCGGAAAGGUCAUCCACACACAGAUACAGCCGGUGGUGGACACCGCCCGCGACGCGGUCUGCUACUCGCUGGACAACGGCAGCACCAAGUUCUACGACCUGCUGCAGCUCGUCGAGUUCUACCAGCUCAACGCCGGCCGCCUGCCCACGCGCCUCACCCACUACGUCGUGCAGGGCCCCGCCGAACACAACUCCGUCACCUACUGAGGACGGCACCCGACCGUCCCGUCAAGGAUCUGACGCUGCCAGAGGAACCUCCCGGCGUCCUGGACCCCGACGCGGCCACUGUCUACGCGGAGUUGCAUUGCCGGCCGCGUACUCUUACUGGCCCGUCGGUGCGUACGUUUGAUUGGUGCCAUGGUGGUAAUACCCUGCAGCGUUUGGGGAACUAGACCGUGGUCACACUGUGUAAGCUGGCAAAGACUAGAGAAUCGUUGUGGUGUACUGGAAUAGCUUCCAGCGUGUACUGGAAUAGCUUCCAGAUGCUUCUGUCACCGUAGGAUUGUUCUGUUUACCACUCUGGAGGGGUAAAACCCUCUCACUAUUUGUUGCACAUAUUAUAGCAUUGGGUGCAGACUUACACGACACUAGGCGGGUCGCAUUCUACCCAGCUCGAGUUACAAAAUUACGCGUCUUGUAAAUUCUAUUGGUGCAUUUAUUCCUUUAUCCUCCCGUGAACAUUGUGCACGGUAUUAAUGUAAUUUGUAAAGAGUACGGGAUGCCGUCAUUAUAUAUGUAUACACGUAUGUACAAAGGACAUCUGCAUAAUAAGGAAUCAGUGUUGACGACAGAUUAAUGUAAUUGAGUUUUGUGCAACAUGUGUAAUUACUGUGAAAUAUAAAUGCGUGGCACAGUGCAUUGUUGGAGAAUACAUACAAAAAUACUGAGCAGACUUGCCAAAGUUUGAGCCUUUUUUAUUAUUAUUUCUUAAUUUUUUUGCUGAGUCAUCAGUCUUGCACUUGGCUACUUAUGACCCACUACAGUCUUAGCACUUAAAUGACGAAUGUACUCAGUUAUUUGCUGGAUGUUUACUGGUCUCUGUCUUUCUCUACAGGUUUUGCCCUGUAUGGCUCCCCAGUACCACAGAAGUUGUUCCCUGAUAUCCUAGCACACUCCCUGUUAUCCCGUACUUACAGCAAAUCAGAGUUCCUCAUAAUUUAUCGGUCCACCUAAUUUGCAGCACCUCAAAUUCUCUGUUUCAUAUUCUCCCACAGUUGAGAUUCUUCUGCACCCUGACAAGUUUCAGAAGAGAAAUCCUAUUUUAAAACUAACGGACAUUCUGUGGCGUGUGGUUGGCCGACUUCUGAUAUUUUUUGGAUCUGUAAACGUGUGCCUACCAAAUGGAGGUGCUCUCACUUCACCCUAUGUCAGCUUCAUAUGUAAUUUAAAAAUGUGAAGUUCCAAAUGAAUAUCACCGCUUGUAAUUUUCUCUCACGAUGUCACCCACUCCAUUUGUUGUAAAAUGAUCUCAGUUCUGAUGUUUCUGUCCGUGUCCUAUCAUCUUGCCUCAAUGUCUAAGCCUGACUUCUGUAAGACAGAACAUGUCGUUUAGAGGUAAUUUUACGCAUUAUUGCAUUACAAUGCAAUCUGUUAUUAAUUCUAUCUGUACCGAACACACGUGCCGACACAGUUUUGAGAUUUUACUCCUGAAAUGGACAUUGUUACGUUGCCAGAACUGUGUUUUGUAAACUUUGGAGGGAUGAGCUCAUUUUGUAGAAGAGGCCAGUAUGCAAAGCACACGCUACAGAUUGUGUACGCUACGAGGGACUUCUGUACAUCUGGCAUCGAUGAUAAAUCUUGAGGUAGCCUGACGUAUUUUAAAAGCGUUUAACAGCUGUCUAAAAUUUUUAAGAAGCAUUACGCAUGUUACUGCAGCUAAUUGUCAUCUGCAGUGUUUUGUCUGUCAGACAUUUGCAUGUGUACAUAAUAUUUACAGUGCCUCUCUGUAGCACAAACUAUUUAUUAAUGAAAAUUCUUUGAAGUAAUAAAAUAUACCUACACUAUCACCAGCAUCAACAUCCUCACCAUCAUUGAAUGAAUACUGUACAAUAUAGUGUAUAUAAAUAAAUAAGCAAGCAAUCAGUUGCCACAAACCUUUUGACCCCUUACCUUCAUCUGCACAAAUGUUUCUAAAUGCUUUAUGUAUUGAGAAAUGCACGUGCGUGUGUGCGUGCAUGUGUGUGUGUUGCAUUGGAAUUAAUUUUUCUAUUUAUCAGAGUAACACACGAUCAGUGAAUGCACCCAGUAUAUAAUGUUUAGGUGCUGAAUCUAUAAAUAAAACUGUGUGUGCCAGUCUUGCAUGAUUGUGUCUGAUAAGAGUGUUGUGUAUAUAGUUGUAAUAACCAAGAUGAUUUUAAGCUCUGUAAGCUAUUAAACUUUUUAGUUAAUGAUUUUAAUUUAUUACAAAUUGCAGUGAGAGAAGUAAAUGAAGUAGUUGUAUAAACAGAGUAAUAACUGAAUUGUGAUUUGUGUGUAAUGUAUAACAGAGUAUCAUAUAUCAUUCGCAGGAAAAUGUAGAUAAAAUUUAUUUGCAAUGUAAUGUUAUAUAUGUUUGUGAAUCAUCAGUAUUUAUUAUAUAGAAACAUUAGCCAAGUUGAAAUAAGUAUUUAUCAUGACAAUACAUAUCUCGUCAGUUACUGCUAAAGUUGUUUUGAAAAUGACUUUUUGUGAAUUUUGCAUCGGCAACCCUGACGAAUGAGAUAAACGUAAUAGCAGUGGAAGUGAAUUGUAGUAAGUGUCUUAAAAUACUUUGACAUUGAAACUGAGGCUAUUGAGUUGCUACUGAACAGUUACAACUCAGCAAGGAAUAACAACGUUAUUAUUUCUUAUGUAUUAAUGUGUAUUUAGGAAGACUUUUGAACUAGAUCUGUGGAGUGGGAGAGAUACUAUGUUUACUUGUAGUAACUGUAAAAAUUAAAGAGUAAUAUAUUUUUGUACAUUUGUGGUAAAACUUAAUCUUUGCCAAAGUAUAUAGAAGUGCAGGAAGUUUUCCUGUUUAUUAAAGUGUUUGUGUUGUAUAAGUAGUGAGAAGUGGUGUGGCAGAUGCGAAAACUUCCUGGCGGAACCGGUGUCUCUCUUUUUGUUAUUGAUUUUGUGUGUGUUAAUCCUCGUGCUGUGUAAAAGGGUUGUACAUUGCAUUGUAUUCUGCACAUCUCUAUAACAGAAUGAUUGAGCUAUCAGUAUAUCUCUGUACGUUGAAAAUGAAUGAUACUUUUUGAUUUGAGAUCAGGAGAAGUUCAUUUUGCAGCAAGCAAUAAGUGUUGUCCACUGUGGAUAUUGACAGCAAUAACUUGGACAAUCAUAUCUUCAUUUCCAGUGUUAUAACUGGGGACGUGGCUAUCAUAUUUUGUUGUGACACUUAAUACUAACUGAAUUCAGAUAUACUGUACAUGAUACGUCGGUGCAGUUGUCGGGCAUUCCCACGUGGAGGAGACGAGAUGCGAAUGUUAAUUUGUGAUAAGUAUGACAUUCUUAAUGUCUUGAGAGGGCUGUGGUGGCUAGUGUUAUUUCCUGGCACUAUCACAUUCAUAUUUGUGCCACUAAAGGCUUUCCUGAAGAAUUACUCGUACAAAUGUUUCUCGUGUGAAACAUUGGAUAUCACUGUGUAAGUCCUGAAAUAUUUUGCCGGUGCAAUUGACCGACAUCUUCAGGUGCGACAAAUGCACUGUUGAGGUAUGACUGAAGCCUCCUAUUUACUCCAGUCUAAAAUGGGAAAACGUUUUUGGCCACAGAAUUUGACACAUUUCUGUGCGAGCUACUUCAGUGCUCGGUGUAAAAUAAUCGUGCGUGGACUUGACGAGAGGUACCUUUUUCACCCGAGUGUCGGGACUAGAUUGUACUUUGAAACAUUUAUUUAAGCAAAAGUAAGUUCUUUACAGUGGACAGAAUAAAAAAAAGCAAUACAGAUUGUUACUCAGAAGGGAACAAAUUGGCAGGUACCUACUGGGGCAACUUUGUCGUCUUUUGCCCCACUUGUUGAGAAAGUCACAACCCUUUUUAUGUUCUUUUUUUUUUUUUGUUAUUGCCUGUAAUAUAUCACUGUUGUGUAUGGUGCACUUUCUUUCCUUGCAAGAAGUUCUGUGGUAGUGUAGGUAACCCUUACAUGAUAGACUAAAGAUAUUGCCUGCUGAUACUUCGUUAGUGUUGUCCUUUAUUAAUGUUUAGUAUUGUUUCUAUUGCUGUUUACUGUUGUUAUAGCCGUGUCUCUAUCAGUAUUAAUAUGUAUACAAGAACAGGGUUCAUAUUUAUGCUUCACUUCGUUUCGCAAAUCUGUGAACUGUAGAGUUUUUAUGUAACCACAUUUACAUUGCUUAGGAGUAAAUGUUUGUUUUUGCACAUUUGAUCACUAGGAUGUAUUAACUUAAUACUGUAAUAUGUACAAACAAGCUUGUUCACUUCUUUUCUAUGGUCAGUAAAUUAUUUUUUAC